AUGCUCAGCAACAACAACUCCGCACCGUCAACAGAACAACCGAUGAAAGCCACGAACAACUUGAGAACAGCCAUGUCUACUCUAUCACACGCAAAGAUCGUCCCGCGGCCGUCCAAAACAAGAGGAGGAGGGGACCAUGGCUGGCUGAAGACCAAACAUACCUUCUCGUUCGCGGGUUGGUACGACCCUCGAUAUACGCAAUUUGGAUCCCUCCGCGUCCUCAACGAAGACCGAGUCGAACCAGGACAAGGGUUUCCCACACACUUCCACCAAAAUGCUGAAAUCUUCAGCUACAUCUUGUCCGGCGAAUUGACACAUCGAGACUCGAUGCAAAAGAGAGGCGCUGAAAGCACAGACAAGGACAAAUUCUACCGGAUGCGGCCCGGUGACGUUCAAUUCACCACUGGAGGCCGGGGCAUCUCCCACAGCGAAUACAACGAAGACAGCCAAGGGACCAACGAGUGGACGCAUUUCUUGCAAAUAUGGGCCUUGCCUUGGAAGCGAAAUCUCCCUCCCAUCUAUCACACCAGCACAUUCUCGGCCGAGGAGAAGCGCAAAGGUUUCGUGACGAUCAUCACUCCAUUGAAAGCGGGAGUCAAUGCCACCUUGGAGGAGGAAAAGGCUGCUGUUCCUGCGAAGGAGGGCACCAUUCCAGUCCAUGCGGACCUCGUGUUUUCCGCGGGCAUCAUACCACCGGGCGAGACAUUUACCUACACUGUCGGCGGAGGAGAUGCAGUCACUUCCAAAUCCGACCGAAAAGUGUACGUCCACUUUCCUGAAACGAAGGGUGGAAAGUCCAAAAUCAGAUUGGACGGCCGAGAAAUUCUGAAUGAGGGGGACGGUGCAUAUGUGACUCAUGUCAAUGCUAACGAUGCGCUCAAGGUGGAAAGCAUCGGAGAGGCAGAAGCCGAAGUGGUCAUCAUUGAUUCGGAGUGA